UUCAGAUAGGGAACCAUAAGUUCGAGGCUAUAUGAUCGGUCUUGAGUCAUGGUUCCACAACUUCUCGCAAUUCGUCUAUUCAGCCAACACCCCCGAAUCUUUAGCUGACAUUCCGCGACCUUAUGUAGAGUACUGUAUCUGGGGAUUGUGCAAGGGAGCUGAGAUUACCAGCGUUCUUGGAGGAUGUAUAGCUCAUCCAAUCUAUAGAUGGUAUCUGCAUCGACAGCUGAAGCCAGAGAAUACUACUCCAAAUUCCGGCAAGAUCAUCAGGAGUACUUGUAGGCGAUUGCAGGGUCGGUUUCUCCUUUUCGGUUUGUUCGCUGGUCCUUCUCUUGCUCUUCUUCAUGCCUAUAGCAUGGGUGACGAAAAUUUGGUACGAAAGCGAUGCUAUAAAAUUCGCUGCGAUACAUUCCCGUUAUCGAUAGAUCGCUGCGCUGUUAUGCUUGGCUUUGUGGGAUGGUACUGGAAGAGAUUCCAGGGUGCUGUAGACGGAAUCAACAUAGGAAUAGCUUAUGCAAUUUUCAAUGAAAAAAUCAUUGCUCCAAGAACAUCGCCGUUGUUCAAAGAUCGAGUAUUACCUGAGCAGCGGUACGAAGACGUGGUAAAUGCCUCAGAAAGUCGAAGUAAAUUGAGGAAAUUCUUGGCCGAAGAAGAUAGGCGGAAGACUAGCGAAGUGCAAAGAAUUGGUAUAGAGGAACAUAGUUCAUGA